AUGGAACGGAGUGAGUCUGCAUCCUUCUCACAAUUUUCAAAUGAACAGAUCCAGAAGAUAAGGGAUGUCUUCCAAUUCAUAGACGACGGUGGUGACGGGAAAAUCUCCAAGUCAGACUUGAUCAAGACAUACGCAAACCUGGGGAAGAAUGGUAUGGAAUCUCAAGUCGAAGAGAUGUUGGCCAGCGAAAAAGUGACGGAAUUGAGCUUCCCAGAGUUUUUGACGCUGAUCGGUGGAAAACUGACCGAAUUUCCCGAUGAGCAGGAAAUGGCAGAUGCCCUCCGAGCUUUUGAUCGCAGCGAUACUCAUGAACUUAAUGCUGAUGUGAACGAUCUGAGAGAAAGUUUGAGAGAAGCUGGAUUCGACAACACUGCGGUUCUUGAAACGGUGUUGAAACAAUUCUCCACCGCACAGCUAUCGGGAGAACGCAUCUUUAAGGGCAGGAAAUUUCUCGAUACCGUGGAUUGA